UCUCGCCAUCAUUCCUGUGCUACACUUAGCAGACUGCAGUACCGCUGUUAUGACGGGUGGCACUGUUGAGCUCUAACUGUUGUCCCGGAUGCUGAUUGGUUGUCUGUAUGACGUCACCAGCUCCCGCGGAAGUGUUGUGGAUUGGAAAUAGAGGUUAAAUGCUGCAUCGAGCACAGCGGGAGAAGGAUACAUUUACCUUACAGCCAUGAGCUGAGGCUCUCCAAACCUGUCUGUCCCAAUGAUGAACGACAAGCUGGUGUUUUUGGGGCUCUUGUACUUCAUUCAGGGUAUACCAUAUGGCCUGCAGUCGUCCCUGCUUCCAGUGUACCUGCGAGGUGCUGGCCACUCCCUCACUCGCAUCAGCCUUACCAAAGUCCUCUACUUUCCCUGGGUGCUCAAGGUCCUGUGGGCUCCACUGGUUGACCGCACAGGCACCAAGCGCUGCUGGUUGGUGGGCACGGUAGCCGGCUUGGCCCUUACCUGUUUGUUCAGUGCUACCCUCACCCCUGAUGUUCAGUACAUGGGUGUAGCGGGAUCCCUGCUCGCCAUGAAUAUGCUGGCGUCAGUGCAGGACAUUGCGGCUGAUGGAGCAGCCGUCCGGCUGCUGAGGGGGCAGAGCGAGGUGGGCCUGGGGAACACGGUCCAGGUAGUGGGGUAUAAAGCUGGGUCUGUGUUUGCUGGAGGGGGGCUUCUGGCUGUGAUUGAUGUUGCAGGAUGGGGCUGGAUGUUUGCUCUGCUGGCUUGUGUGUAUGCUGGCGUUGCUCUUUUUGUGUGGGGCGCCCCGGCCUUGGAUGGAGAGUCGGCACGAGGGCAGGCAGAAGGACGGAGAGGGUCGAAGGAGGCCAUUCAGCCCUGGAAGGUGUGGAGGAAACUCCUGUCUGUGCCAGGAACACCAUGGACGGUAUUUUACGUACUCACUUACAAGCUAGGUGAACAGGGGGCGAUCACCAUGUUUCCACUUUUCCUGUUGGACCAUCACAUGACGGCCAGAGAGUUGGGCGUGUGGAACGGAGUGGUUGCCAUGGGCUUCUCCAUCUGUGGCUCCUCAAUUGGAGGCUUUUUACUGUCUCAAUACAGUAUUGGUCUGCUCAUGAGACGUGUGUUUAUGUUGCGGACAUUCAGCAUGGUCUUCCAGAGCUCAUUGCUGGUGGUGCUGGAACCUUCGCCCCUUAUGACAGGUAUGGCAGUGCUAAGUCUGGGUUUGCAGCAUUUCAUAGCCGGCCUCAUCACAACUCUCACCUUCACCGUGAUGAUGAACUGCACGCAGAGAGCCGAAGAGAGCAUACAGGCGACCCACUACAGUUUUCUGGCCACUCUUGAGGUCCUUGGGAAGCUGAGUUUUAGUGCCCUGGCUGGGGGUAUGGUGGACACUGUGGGCUUCCCCAUAGCCUUCAUCCUUUUCCUCUUCCUCACCUCCAGCAGUGCCCUCCAUGUGUGGAGAGCCACAGAGACUGGCAUCCUUAAGGAACAGGUCAAAGGACAACCACAGUGACCAGUAUUAACCAAUCAGAGGGCACGAGUGAGUGAGCAUGUCUGUGUGAAAGAGCAAGACUGAGUCGUGCUGUAUGCAUGGUGUGUAUUAUACUGGUAACCAAACGCCGGUAAAGAAAACUUUUUGCUUUUAUUUACGACAUAACCAGCAGUUACCUUGACAUGAGCCACACAGAGCACUUUCAGCAAAUACCCGUAGCUCAGAAAGACAAUGCAAAACUUAACAGCUGCAUAAACCCUGUACAUUUCAUCAGCAUGAAGAGUGUAAUCACUUUUUCUGAGCCAUGAACGUACACCUAUGGUACAGUAUGCCUACAGUAGGUUUAAAAUUAAAACAAAUAUAAAUAAAUUCAAUCUGCUAUAAUGAAAAAUGACAAUUACACAGGGAAAAGGUACAAAAGCUAUCACUGGUGCGGUACCCUUUCGAAAAGUACAUAUUUGUACCUCAAAGGUACAUAUCUGUACAUAAUGGUACAUUUUAGGACUUUUUUAAAAGGCACCAUCCCAUUGAAAGCUUUUUAACUUCUGACGGGGCAGCUGCUUUAGAAAUAUUGUUUGGUGAAAGAUUUGAAGAUUUUUAGGAAUUAAGUUUAGUUUGACAUUGAUCAUUUACACAUUCCAUCAUGUAGAGCAUUUAUUGAACUUGAAGGGGACAUAUCAUGAAAAUCUGACUUUUUCCAUGUUUAAGUGCUAUAAUUGGGUCUCUCCAGUGCUUCUGUAAACCUUAAAAAUGUGAUGUCAUAAGGGGAAAUACCACCCUUUAUUUGCAUUACCCAACCAUGGGACUGCAAUUUACUGCAGAGAUCAGCUCAAUUGCAUUUUAAAGGACACACCCACAAUGGCACAUUUUUGCUCACACCUACAAAGUGUCAAUUUAAACAUGUUAUAAUAAAUUAUCUAUAUGAUAUUCUGAGCUAAAUCUUCACAUACGUACUCUGGGGACACUAAAGUUUUAUUUGACAUAUUUAAAAAGUCUUGUGAAAUGUCCUCUUUAAAUUUAAAGCACAAACUCAUUGAAUUUCCUCGUGUCAUGAAUGUUUGGUACUGUUCUGGGGGCUGAAAUGGUAUUGCUUAGUGGGGUGUUUGUGUGGAUUCUUAAUGCAAUACUUGUGUUAAAGUGGUCAUAUCAUAAGACGUCAAAUGCUUUUCCUGAUCUUUAAGAGAAGCUUGUUGUACUAUAAAAGCAUUAUGUAAUCUUAAGAAGUAUCCUUCCUCUGUUAAAAAAUUACAAAUUAAAAAUGACAUAUUUAGUAGGUAUGCACCAAUACAAAUUUCUGUGCUGGUACCGAUAUUCGAUUACUUAAAAUGACAUCUACCGAUACCGAUAGAUACAGAUAGUUUGUCCUGAAAUCCUACCAGUGCAGAUCAGAAGUACAAACUGCAACUCUGUUGUCAUUGUCACCCAAUUCAAGUUAUCACACAGCAUGAGUUUGAUGCAUUUUCACCCUUCUUGAUUGUCAGGAUAAUAAUCGACCCUGAUCAUUGGCUGUUUUUAAACAGUUGUUCGAUGUCUGAUAGUGGGGAAAAUUGCUUUUGUCUGCCGAUAUCGAUUAUAGGCAAAUAUAUUGGUGCAGCCCUAAAAUUUAUACGAAAAAUGUCUUUUCUUGCACUUGAAACCUAGCCCAUUGUCAUAGUCCCUGAGCAAUUCACUCAGACGUUUACAUGCUUAAAACGUUUGAGGACAGAUUGUUAUGUGAACCUUAUCUUACAAUAUCUUACAGGCCGAUAAAGGGUUGAACAGCGCAAACAAUAUUAGACCCAACAGCAAGCCCUCAACCAGUGUGUAUCUUAUUUCAGUGUGGAGGAGGUUUACAUAGAAGUCUUAAAGAGACGACUUCAUUUAUUAAUAUUAUUAAAAUACAGAUCCUAAAUAGUCGACAUACAACAUACAACUUUUGUUGGUAAGCGGACCUCAGGGAAAUAUGAUAUGACCACUUCAAUGUCUAUAAAAUACUGUAGAUUGAAACAGUUGAAUACAUCAUGCUCAUAUUUUUGAGCCGAUACUGCAUUCAUUGAAAUGUUAUUUUUUUAUAAUGACUUUUAUUUUUUGCAUUUACUAUGCAGUGACACAAAAAUGUAUUUAUGGUUAGCUUCUUAUCUUACCUGACAAAUAAUUUUGUUUGAGGUUGUCAAGUGGAUUGAAAUAUUGCCAUAAUGAAUUGACAUCUGAAAUAGUGGUGAAGAAUUUUGGGCAACUGCGUGUACACUGAAAAAAAAUUAUUCAUUGAAAUUAAUACUUUUUUUUUAAGGUAAGUGGUUGCAAUCUAUUUAUUUAAGCUACAUUUAAACAAAAGUUUUAUAUUUUAUUUUACUCUACUUUUUUGUUUAAAUGUAGCUUAAAUAAAUUGAUUGCAACCACUUACCUUAAAAAAUUGAUUCAAUUCAAUUAAUCAUUUUUUUCAGUGUAGUUUCAUUGUUUGACAACCACCUUUAGGUUUAUUUUCUACAGCUUUUAAGUUUGAAUUGCCUUAUUUUUUAUUAUGUAUCAUAGAGCCAAAAAUGUUGAGAUAUUGUUUUGACUUCUGUAGGGUGAAAUGAGGUUUCCAUUACCCAAUAUAUUCAAGAUGCAUAGAAACUACACUGUACUUUAAUUUAUACAAAUGUUAUGUAGUUUUGACAUAGAUUAGAUAUGGAAAGCAGAAGAAAGGCAUGAAAUAUCUAUUAUGUUAAAUAUUCAUUAUCUUAAAGACAACAUUACAUUUCCUAAGAGCACAUUGCGCACAGAAGACUGCUAAUUCAGCAUAUAUACAGUAUCAAUAUAGUAAUAAUAAUAAUAAUAUUAUUAUUUAAUGUGAAUAAUACAAUAAUAUAUUUUUAAAGGUCAACAAACCAUGCAAAAAUAAAGUAAUGGGAUCAUUUAAUUUUUCUGUUAAACCCUAUUAAGCAAACAACGUUACCAAACAAUGAACCAUCUUUAGCAUAUAAUAAAAGCAAUUA